AUGCAAACCAACCCCACGGUUAGCCUCAGUAAUGGCUUUCUUCGUCUCCCUCGAGAGCUGCGGGACGUGAUCUACAAGAUGUACGUCACCGUCGAUGGCGGCUACAAAUGCGACAGCAACAUACUGGUGGAGAGCAAACUCCGCGGGGAAGCAAGAGGUAGACUCACGCAAGCCAACGGCGAGCCCAUCGAUUUGUCACUCGCUUAUACCUGCAGAAUAAUCGCAAACGAAAUGAGAGGUCUUGCCUUGCAGACGAAUAAUAUCACCUUUUCCACCUUUUACUCCGACGGCCUGCGAUGUCACCUCAACGCCUUCGACUUUUGGAAAAAGGACGGCCUCGAUCAGCUGAGGAUCGAGAUCUUCGACUUGGCCCGCGAGUUUCUGACGGGACCGGUGUGCGACCAACUCGCGGCGGCCUACCCGCAGUUUGUGCCGCUUUUGGACCAUAUGAGGACAACGGAAGCAAGCAGCUCGACGACAAUCGUUGACGCUGCCCACUACCGGGAAGCACCGUCGGUUUACAAGGAGUUCGUGAAGCGGGCGCUACAGCUGGCAUCAUCCCCGAACGCCAAACGGUUCGCCGAAGAAAUGGAUCGCCUGUGCCGGGGCGAGAAGGGUGCCAAGCGCUGGCAACCCGGGAAGCUCGACAUUUUGCGAGUCAUCGACUGCCCCAUUGAAGCCUGGGAUAUACCGUCACAAGACGAUCUGCUUGAGGUCGUGUCUUAUGGUUACUUCCGCUUUCCCGCCGCCGACGACGAGACACCGGAGGCAUUGAUCAAAUCGAGAGAAAGCGACAACUCGAAAUAUCGGCUCUCAGCAGCAUCGUUGGCCGUUCAGUUUCUCAGUGCACUCCCCAAAAAUACGCGGAGCUUUAUCCGUAAUAUCAUGCUAAACGAGGACCGGGACUCUGUUGCGGAAUCCCCGUGUCACGCCCGUGGACUGAUCCCAUACUGCCAGGAGAACCGCCUACUACGGGUGGAGCGCCGCGCCGACUUAUGGUGGAACGUACUACGAAAACACCCCUAUCUCUCCCCCGAACAACGAAUCUCAAGACCUCAGAGGAUGAAGCUGUUUUCCAACCAAGUCACCAGAAACGUGGCUGUGUGGGUUGUCGAAGCGUCUAUCCUCAGCUCUGCGGGCAUGCCACCCGGGUCCUUCUCUCUCGUCUUAGACGCCGGCCCCGCCCCACAACUAGCCGAGGCGAUAUUUCAGCAAGUCGUACAACGGGAUAUAGCGUGGCAUCUCGCGUGUGACGAGGCGGUCCGCCGAGGCUAUGUCCCAGAGCUCUCUUGGGAGGACAGGAGAUGCGAUAAUGACGACGGCCUUUUACGCGAUGGUCGGACCUUUGAGAACUUUCCAAACGAUAUGGAAAAUGUCGCGUCGCGGAGGUCUGUGGUACGGUUCACGUUCGAUGUUGGGGCUUUGGGGGACGUGGGGAAGUUGGUCGAAGAAAGUCGCGACUACGAUCACGACGACUGGAAUGAAGUGUGGGAUUCUCACGAUCCCAAAACUUGGGAGACCGUUUCGCCCCUUCCUCAGUGGAAGGAAAUUCUCAUGGACAACGUAGUGUCAAGAGGGGAGACCACGACUGGUGAAAGAGGAAGUUCCACAACCGUUUAA